AUGGAUCACAUCAAUGAGCUGGAUGAAUUCCGAUUCCAAGCCUAUAUGAGCUCUUCCAUCUACAAAGUCCGCAUGAAGCACUUUCACGACAAAAAGAUACUGCAAAAAGAGUCUAGCCCCAGAGAUCGGGUGUUGUUGUUCAAUUCAAGGCUCCUGUUGUUUCUGGGUAAAUUGAAGUUCAAAUGGUCCGGACCCUUUGAAGUGACACAAGUGUUUCCAAGUAGAGCAAUUGAACUUAUUGGCCCGGAUGAAGAGCAUUUCAAGGUGAAUGGGCAAAGGGUUAAGCAUUACUUUGGCUCACCCAAUGAAGCAAAGACAAUGGAGGUCACCUACUUCAAUGAAGCAUAA